AUGGAGACACAGACUGCACGCGGGCAUGAUUCGAAUAUAUCGUGUCUUUUCCCAGAGAUACUCGCAAUCAUUUUCAGUUACUUAGACGUCCGAGACAAAGGCAGAGUAGCACAAGUAUGUGUCGCUUGGAGAAAUGCCACGUAUAACCGAAUAGUAUGGAGAGGUGUCGAGGCGAAACUUCAUCUCCGCCGGGCUAACCCGUCUUUGUUUCCCAGUCUGGUAAAACGUGGUAUCCGUAAGAUACAAGUGUUGAGUUUACGCCGAAGUCUGAGGGAAGUGAUCGGAGGAAUCCCUUGCCUAGAAAGUCUCAAUCUGAGCGGCUGUUACAAUGUGACGGACAUCGGCCUGGCCCAGGCCUUCGUGCAGGAGUGGCCGCACAUAACCGUGUUGGACUUAAGUUUGUGUAAACAAAUAAAAGACGAGAGCUUGGGUCGAAUCGCACAGUUUCUUAAAAACUUGGAAGUGCUGGAGCUUGGAGGAUGCUGCAAUAUCACAAGCAUAGGACUGCGCCUCAUUGCGUGGGGUUUAAAAAAAUUAAAGAGAUUAAACCUGCGAAGUUGUCGUAAUAUUUCAGACGACGGAAUUGGCCAUUUGGCCGGACUGUGUCCGGAUGCAGCGGAAGGGAACCUUGAGCUGGAGCACCUGGGCUUGCAAGACUGUCAAAAAUUAACAGAUCAAUCGCUGAAACAUGUUAGUGUGGGGCUCACUAAUCUCAAAACAAUAAAUCUCAGUUUCUGUGGAAGUGUGACAGAUUCUGGAAUUAAAUAUCUGGCCAAAAUGGCGAGUUUGCAAGAAAUUAAUUUGCGAAGCUGUGACAAUAUCAGUGAUAUAGGAUUAGGCUAUUUGUCAGAAGGAGGUUCAAGGAUAUCUGCGCUGGAUGUGAGUUUUUGUGACAGAGUUGGUGAUCAGGGACUGAUUUUUCUCUCACAAGGCUUAUUCAGUCUGCGAAGUCUCAGUGUGUGUGCAUGUAAUAUUGGCGAUGAUGGCAUUGGUAGGCUUGUGAGGACGUUGCAUGACCUGACAACAUUAAACAUUGGCCAGUGUAACAGGCUGACAGAUCGGUCACUGUCACAUAUUGGUGAUCAUCUGAAAAACUUAAAAUCCAUUGACUUGUAUGGGUGCACAAAAAUCUCAACUGUGGGUUUGGAAAGAAUAAUGCAGCUAAGAACACUGACAACUCUGAAUCUAGGCCUGUGGCACAAGAGGUGAAGUUUGCUCUGUGUGAAUAUAUUGUCCUGAACAUUUUUGUUACUCUAUCAGAGCACAGGUGUUCUGUACUUUUGUGUAUGUCCUGAUGUUAGUCAAUUCUCAUCAAGUGCCAUUAAUAGUGAACUGUUAAUUGAGUGCAUGGCCAUAUCGGGUUAUUUCAUGUACAUGUAUUUACUCAACUGCCUGUCCAUUUCACUAGUUCAGACUUGUUAAAAUCUGAUUAUGAUGAGAAAUGGGUCGAUCAGAGCUGAUGUUUUGUAGAUGUUUACCCUAGCUAUUGGAAUGAUGUGCUUUGACUCUCAGUCAUAUCUGCUGCUAGACCAAUCUAUUUUUUUGUCAUUACCCUACAUGUACUUUUUAUUCAUUCGAAAGUGCACGUGGAACUUAUUGCAGUUCUCUACUACCUUAAGCAAAAUUCCUGUGACAGCAAAUCCACCACAUGAAUUCUGUUGCCUGGUUAAGCUUCCACAACAGUAACAAAUUUACACAUGUGCAUUACAGAUUUUAUGCAGACGUAAUAUGUGUUCAACUCUGUGGAUGAAAACUUUACAGUCUUUGUGAGAAUUGCCUUUGAAGGUGUUGGAUGUUUAUGGCACCUUACUGAGGCUUACUUUUUUCUUUCAUAAUAAUGUUCAAAUUUAUCCUUUCAUCUACUAAUACUUGGCCGAAGUAAAGUUGGCAAAAUGUUAACUCUGGAUAAACUAUUGUGUGAUUUCUGACCUUCUGUUCAGGCUCUUGUUAUUAUUUUUGAGAAGUGUUUAGAUUUUAAUUACUUCAUGAACAGUAGCUGAUCUAUAAGGAAGAUGAAUUGAAAAAUAUAUGUAAAUUUUUGUUAGCAACAGAAAAGAAUGGUCGGUGGAAUUUAGAUGUAGUUCAUUAAGUUAAGUUCAUUAGUUUCUUCUUCACAAAAGAAGAGAAUACCCAACUUUUUUAGAUUGAAGUUUGAAAUUAAACUGGUGUGAUGACUUUAUUUGAAACUAAAGAUAUAGAAAUGGAUGAUGGCCAUUCUUUCUGGCAUUAUAUAUUAGCUUACAUUAUUUUUGGAGUCGGUUUCUGUGCUCAGAAAGAAGAAUUUGUUUUAUAUCUACUCACAGUUGGUCCAGGAAUAUAAUGGUUAAUGAUAAUAUUUGAAAUUUAGAAAAGUCUAUCUUAAACUGUAGCCAAUAUUUUUAGACAAAUGGC